AUAAUAAUAGAAUGAACAAGUAAGUGAUGGAGUUGUCGGUGAGAACAGUAGUAGACCCAUCGACGGCGCACGUCAUCAUCCCCCGGAGCAAGAGCAUCAUCACCACCAGGACCAAGAACAAGAAUGGUUUGAGAAUGAUAAAGAGUGGGGAGACAAUGGUCAUGCCCAUACUGCUGCGCCGACCGCAGCUACCCUCGGUAACCAUCACGACAGUGGAGAGAAAUGAGGAACAAGAGCGCAGCCGUGGCAGACCAAGUGAUGUGCUACGCAUUCUGGACGCCCUGCAUCUCCCUGUAGAUGCGGACACCUACUCGGCUCUUAUCAAAGAGUGUAUUGACUCCAGAGACGCCGUCCAGGGUGCCAGCAUCCACGCCCACAUCCAACGGAGGACUCGUAGCUCCACCAGAAACAGCAGCGAUCACUUGAUCCUGGCAGACCGGCUGCUGCUCAUGUAUGCUGCAUGCGGUCGUCUGCGGGAUGCUCGCCAGCUUUUCGAUGAAAUGCCCAUAAAAGAUGCCAUCUCACGGCUGACCAUGGUUUCCGCCUUGUCGGACAGGGGCGACCACGUGGAAGCUAUCAAGUUGUUUGUGGAUAUGCACCAGAACUACAGUUGUGCAGGAAGUAGAGGUAGAGGAUGUAGAGCCCACUUGUUCGACGCAGCAAUGGCCAUCCUUAGGUCAUGCAUUCGAGCUGAGGACCUUCAGCUCGGGCAACAGGUUCAUGGGUUGACCCAUGAAGCUGGUCGGGUCCGCUGCUUGCUCAGAUUCACUCGUGGUGCGCCGCCUCCUCGUCCGGUUAUACAGCGGCAAAUAUGGCCGCUUGGACUACGCGAAGACGGCAUUCAAUGCGAUCAGCAACAGCAUCCUCGCACCAACGAUGCUCCUCACCUCCGAUUCCUAUUGGCUAUUGGAGAUGAAAGCUGUCAGAAAUAGAGAGCCUAAGGAAUUUAUAUAUGCUCUACGAGGUCCUCCUGUUCACCCUAGUAGUCUAGGAAAUAGGAAACAGAUAGCCAGACAUACAAUGUAGAGAGACAGUCAAGAUAGCAAUCAUUAUCCAAGUUGUUUG